CUCAACCUUCCACGGGUAUCAUUUCCUACCCAUUCACCCAUGCGAGGGGUUUCUCCCUCCUGCAAGCAGUCACUACUCCUUCACUACAGAACCGGAACCUGAACCUGUGCACCAUCUAGAGAUCAACAUCAAGUACCAUGCAUACUUAUGCGAGGAGGUGAGGUUAGGUUCUUGCGGUUAAGAACCCCGAAUUUGGAUUUGGAUUCUCGAUCCCGAACGUUACGUCAGAACGACACAACAUAGCAUUUCCCGGGCUGGAAACUUUGAGAGAGGCGGAGAGUUUGAGUGUAUGCUCGUGUAUGCAGGAGCAGCCGGUCUCUGCACUUUUAUCGCCCAUCCCAUCCCAUCACGAAUUGCGAAGUAGAUUUUUACGAAGUUCCUGCGAGCAUUGAUUUGGGUUCGGCUUCGGCUUUUGGUGUUGGGGACGGGGAUUCCCCUUGGUCUCUAUUCUCUCUGGGAGAGUGAGCCACGGCGGGAGUAUUGGGGGUUUCCUUGAAGCCACCUUAGGGGGAGAACUGCCCACGGAACGGGAUCGCAUAACGGUAUCCUUGGUUUGGGUUUGGAGGAGGUACUUGGUUAGCUUGUUGGACUGAAGAAGACUGAAUGGGGAAGAUGGCUGGGGUCUGGCAGAAGGAAAAACUGGUUCGAGGGAAAGAUGUGAGCUAUGUGGAUGGCAUGGAUGGGAAUCAGAAAUACGAGAGGUGUUUGCACGAAUUGGAGAAAGGAUUGCUUGCCCGCGGUGAAGAUCCCCGGGAUGGAGUGGUGAAUGCAAAUACAAAUGCAGGACUACCAGGGUCGGGAUGGGACUGGUAUUAUAAGGUUGGUUUCUCGGGUUUACUUAUUUUCUCUUAUUAUACAUUCUACGAGACUUUGAGGGGGAAAUGAGUAUUUCCCAUACCGUUCUAGAUUGAGAAUUGGGCAACUAAUGCUAAUAAGUUACCCACAUUGUCGUUCACUCAUGUUCGCUGGUGUUAACACUCCUGUCGCUCGUUGCAACUCUUGAGAAUCUUGACACUCGCUGAUACUCCCGAUAGAUCAUGUAUGCUGCUGGUUUACUUCUUCUUUGCUGGUGGUAUGGGUUGUCGAUGGGGACACCGAUGAUGGCGAAGAAGAGAAUGGAGGUUGAGGGUGUACCCCAAUAUGUUUUGGAUUAUGGUAUAUUAUUCAAACCAGCUUCUUGUUGAAAAAUAUACUGAUAAUGUAUAGCUCCAAUGGUUUACCUCGACACAGGAGAAGCCUACUUCCCCUCCGACAUUGACUCUCAAAUCGACAAUACCCAUCCCGAAAUAAAUUACACCACAAUCGCUGAAGCCCCUUCGCUCACACCCGACAACCUUUCUUUCCUCAACAACUUUGGUGACUCGGGAAAAGAUGUUUAUCUAACCUCCAACCUCGACGUCACCACCUCCCCCACCUGGCUCGAAGGAGUUGUCCCAGAUGCUGACGGGGAAACCGUCUGCGCAACCAGUACCGCAAUAAUUGUUGUGGAUAAAGGGAAUGGCUUAGUCGAUGCAUUCUACAUGUACUUCUACGCCUUCAAUAAAGGCAACACGGUUCUAGGCCGAGAACUCGGUAACCAUAUUGGCGAUUGGGAACACAACAUGAUACGCUUUCAAGAUGGGGUGCCGCAGGCUGUGUGGUACAGCCAGCACAGUAAUGGACAAGCGUUCACUUAUGAGGCUGUGGAAAAGAUUGGUAUUAGACCCGUUGCCUACUCUGCAAAUGGAACACACGCGAAUUUCGCAACCAUAGGAACGCACGACCAUACGAUCCCGGGCAUAAACCUGCCAACUGGGUUGAUCGUGGAUACCACGUCGAAAGGAAUGCUCUGGGAUCCGAGUCUUUCGGCUUAUUUUUACAAAUAUACCAUCACACCCCCUACCACUUCCACUGCACCCGUCAUACCUUCAUUCGACUCUACUACCACCCCUUACAUCACACCCGACACCCUCAAAACCCCCGUGACGUCCUCCAGCACCGAAACCACCGAAACCACCGGAAAGUUCGAGGGUCUUUUGGGUGCUCCCGUGUCGAUUAUGGAGUUCAAUGGUAGAUGGGGAGAUAAACAGUAUGCGGAGGGUGAUCCCCGACAACCCGAGGCCUUCUUUGGGUUCUGGAAGUUUGUGGAUGGACCGACUGGGCCGGCGGAUAAGUAUUUGGCGAGGAAGGAGGUGUGUCCUGAUAAUGGGAUUCCGUGUAUUGUUAGGAAUAUGCUGGUACCGCUGUGAGGGGAUGGAUGGGGGUAAGAGUAAGGGUUUCUUGGUAUGUGUGGUGUUUGUUGUAUGUUGAGCUGGAUUGGGUUGGUGAGUGGUGGAUAGAUGGGCUUGAUUCCGUACACACUUAGGGGUUUGGGAUGGAUGGAUGGUGGCAUGGAUUAGGCGUUUAUUGUUUUGGGGGACAUGGGGAAUGGGAUGGAAUGGGAUUGGUAUUAGGAUAGGAUUGGAACGAGCUCUUCUUCUUCUUUCCCAUUUUUUAAUCUCUUCUUUUUUGGAGGGUUUCUCAUGAAUGAUUGUUUCGAAGUCGUUCUUCUGAUCGCUUUUUGUGGGUUUUCA